AUGAGGUCCUGCGCUCGCGUCAGCUGCCGGCCUUCUACGCGGCCGGGUGCACUCGUCACGUCCAGCAGCUGGCAAGCCCCUGGCGAAGGAAGCGAAUUCGAACCGGAGGUGGUGGACCAGUUCAAGCGUGCGUUCUACGACCAGCUGGCCGGUGGACCCAACAGCCCCGUCAUGAUCGCCGACGUCGAGGGACGCGGCCGCGCCAUUGUCGCACGCCACAACAUCACCAAGGGUCAGCUGAUCACGGCCGAGAAGCCCUUCGUGAGCUACCUCUCGGAGCGCGUGGAGACCCACGGCGCCGCGCACCCGCCCAAGCCCACCCGCUGCGACCACUGCAUGCGCGGCCUUCCCCCCGCCGCCGCCAAGGCCGCCCAACACAACAAUCCCGCCGGCCUACUGCUCGCACGCUACCACGAGGCCAUCUGCGAGCUGGGCAAGGAGGUCCGCGAAAUGGAAAUCCACUGCAGCAAAGACAAGCGCAAGUUUCCGCUGUUGGCGAUGCGGACGAUGGCCCGCAUUCUGCUCAAUUUCCGGGACACGGGCUCGCUCGACGCGACGUGGGUCCCGCUGCAGGUGCUGGGCUUCGCCAAGCAGAAGCCCGAGCUCUGGACCCAAGACUACGACGUCUUCAAGCGCUGCUUCAUCCACAACGAAGACCAAGCCGACUUCUUCAGCUAUGAGUGGUACUGCCGCAUGAUGCAGAUCUUCUACAUCAACUCGGUCAGCGUGACGAUGGACUCGACGCAGCAAAACGUCGGGGCCGGCCUCUACAUCCUCUCCUCCUUCUACAACCACUCCUGCGUGCCCAACACCCGCUCGUCCUAUCCCGAGAACAACACGUGGCACGUGUAUGCGAGCAAGCCGAUUGAGGCGGGCCAGGAGAUCUUCAUCUCGUACGUCGACCACAUGAAGAGCAACAAGACCGUCGAGACGAGGAGACAACACCUCUACAACCACUACGGCUUCUGGUGCGAGUGUCCGCGCUGCCGUCUGGAAUUGGAUCUCGCCCGACGGGAGCAGGGCCCCGCGUGA